CUGGCGUCACGCGUCAUGUGCCUAAACGGUAGGAAGUGAGUGACUGUUUCUGGACACGAAAAUAAACCAGACGGACUGAAGAUGAGCUCCAUAAUUCCCGAAACACCGAGCAUUAAAGCAGCCGUCACUCAUAUCAACUCCAUCGACAACAGCAAAUUCUCCAGAUUACUGACCCGCAUCCUGCAGAAGCUCCAUCUCAAGGAGCGCUCCUUCAGUCAGGAGGAGGAGGAGAAGCUGCAGUCUGCUCUGUCUCUGGAGCGUCACACACUGCAGCUGCUGCUGGAAACGGUGUCCUUCAUCCUGGAGCAGGCGGCGUAUCACAAUGUGAAGCCGGCGUCGCUCCGCCAGCAGCUGGAGAACAUCUGCAUCUCUCCACAGAAAGCAGAGGUGUUCAGCCAGAUGUGGGCCGCCGACGCUGCUGACCUGCUGGAGAAGAUCAGACUGGGGAUAUUCGCCCCGAUGAAGCUGGAUCGGGUCAGCUGGCAGCUCAAUCUUCAGAUGGCUCGAUCAGAUGAGAGUCGCCUGAAAGCGCCGCAUGCUGUCCUCAACCUGGGGCUCCGAGCAGAAGACCACAGCGAGCGACUGCAGGACGUAUUCCUGGAGUUCAGCCAUCAGGAUCUGCUGGAUUUCUACAAUCAGAUGGAGACGGUUCAGACUCAGCUGGACUCGCUGGCGUGAAUCAGUGUUGAGGAUUCAUUAAAGCUGCUUUUCUCUGA